AUGGGUUCUGAUGAUGAGUUUGCCGGUGGUCCUGCUUGGCCUUCUGUAGAAGUGGAGGUGGGGGGUGGGGGUGGAGGUGGGGGGAAGGGAAGACGGGGAGGGGGUGGGGACGUGGGGGUGGGGGGAAGGGAACGGGGCGGGGGAGGGGACGCGGGGGUGGGGGUGGAGGUUGGGGGAAGGGAAGACGGGGAGGGAGAGGGGACGCGGGGUGGGGAUGGGGGUUGGGAAGGGGGAGGGGACGCGGGGGUGGGGGUGGAGGUUGGGGGAAGGGAAGACGGGGAGGGGAAAAGGGCGGAGGGGGACGGCAGCGGCGGCAUUGGUGGUGGUGUUGGUGGUGGUGGUGGUGCUGGUGCUGGUGUUGGUGGUGCUGUGGGUGGAGGCUGUGGCGGUGGUGUUGGUGUUGGUGGUGGUGGUGGUAGAGCAUGUAAUUGUGUUGGUAGUGAGUGGAACUGGUACCAUAAGAUCCCUUAUUCCUUGGUUCAUUCAAAGACAUCGUUUAAGAGAAACAAGAUAUUGAACUAUCUGAAUUAA